CGUGGCAUGUCUUAUGAGGGUGCUGAAUAAAUAAGCAUAGCUCUGUCUGGAAUCUGCAAAUAUGACAAAUUGACUGACUUCAAUCGCAAAACGCCGACAACUGCAGUCAUUUUGUGCUUUCACAUCGAAAGGAUGCUGUCGAUGGUCAUGAUUGUGGAGAAGGAAAAACGUCAUUUUAAACCUUUGGGCUAUUCAUGCAGUAGUUCGAAGAACUCAUGUUUGACUUUUGACAUGUUUGGUUUAAGUUAUUAACCAACGAAAGAGAGGUUCAACUCACGAUCGACAGGAAAGUUCAAGAAAAAGUGCUGAAAAUAUCGAUCGGAUUUUAUUGUUUGACAAUCAACUUGGUGAAGGAAUCAUGAUGAAAAGAGUGCGUUUGACUCAAGCGAUUUUCCCUUUCUUCCUUGGCGCCAUAUUUAUGUACAGCGUACAAAUUCUUUACAGUUAUCCAUCACUUGAUAAAUAUUCCAGCUCUCGGGUGCGAGCCAUCGAGGAAGGGUAUGCGGACCGUAUCCCGCGAGGAUAUGGAUGGAAAAACCAUGGAAGGUACAGACCAUGGAAUGAUCAUCCAAGGGACAAGGUGGUGGAUUUUGGAGGAGCAAGACGGAAACGAAGUAAGUUUGAGCUGAUGAUAGACGAGGCGGAGCAACUCAUGGCUCAAGUCACGGAGAAGAAAAUGAUUAGUGGCCAAAAUAUAGAAGAGAGCAAGGAAAACAUGCAACAUAAUCUGAGAGACGAUCAUGCAGAGCGUCUCUUGGCUCAGGAUGUCAACAAGGACAAUGAGUUGGUCAGAGACCCAGAAACAAAAAGGAGCGAAAACCAACCUGGACUACGGAAGAACGAAGAGGAGCACCAGAAGAUCCAGGUCGUCAAGGAGAAAAACAUUAUUUCAGUAAAAUACACAGAAACAAACGAUAGCAAAAAUAAAUUAAAUAAUAGUCAACAUAUAUUGAAAGAUAAAAGGAAUAUUCAACAUAUACCACUGCAGAGAAACAAGACGAAACAUCUUCCAGAUGAGAGUGUCAAGGAGUUAGUUAGACACCCAGAAACGGCAGAUAGUGAGAAGGAUACCCAUUCUUCCCAUAAAGAUAAAAAUAUUGUUAUCUACAACAAAGAUAUCACUAUACCCAAGCACGAACAUUACGUGGAUGAACCGGCUGAUGCACAUAAGUAUGCUUACAUACAUAAACCAAACGUUUGUUCUAAGGUGGAUGGUAGGAGGGUAAGGGUCUUGCUUAUCUUCAUGGUAACCACAUCUCCUAAGAACUUGGAGAGAAGGAUGAUGAUUCGUGAUACGUACGGAAAUAGGCGCAGAUGGCCCGCUCUCUCAUCUGGGGUAUUUCGGACUGUUUUUCUUUUAGGCGCGGUUGAGAACAAAACCAUACAAAACAGCAUCCACAAAGAGUCAGAAACCUACAGGGAUAUCAUCCAGGAGGACUUCCUGGACAGCUACGCGAACCUGACCUUGAAGACAGUCAUGGGACUGAAGUGGGUAGCGAACCAUUGCAGGCAUGCCAAGUAUACCAUGAAGAUAGACGACGAUUCAAUGAUUCACCAAGCACGACUGCUUGGGCUGCUAAAGAAUGCCACUUCCGUGAAGUUCACUGCUGCAGAAUCACUGAUGAACGCCCCAGUGCUGCGUAACACGAGCAGCAAGUACUACAUCUCUGAGACCUACUACCCUGCGCCAACAUAUCCUCCUUAUUUGAACGGACCUGGGUAUCUGAUAUCGACGGACCUUACCGAAGGAAUAUACAAAGUUGCUAUCAAAACGCCUUUGUUUCCUUGGGAAGACGUUUUCUUGGGGAUUUGCUUGAAGCGCCUCGGGGUUACGCCCAGACACAUUCCUAAUUUCAUGUACAUCGUAGCCAGAUCUAGAGAGCUACGGAACAAGAAAAGAGCAGUAAACCUGUUUAAAAGCCACACUGUGGUUUCGAACCUGCGACCUACAGAUAUGAUGCUCAUGUGGACCACUACCCGAAUAAGGAUAAAAGGCAAUAUAAAAAACAACAAUAAUUUGAUAAAAUCCUGAUUUUCCAGUACGUUUGUAUCAUUUUGUAUUCGGCCUUUUCAAUUGGCAAGUCUUUCUCUCUAAUAACACAUAAUAUAUAGCUUGUCGUAUUUAAAUGUGAUUUAACUUAUUCUUUUAUUAAAACUUCUGUUCAUAAAAUUCGAUGAUAUUGGUAAAACACAAAACAUUUACUGUUGUCAGUUAACUUAGGAACCCACUCCCCUUUACGUUGAAAUUAAGCAACCUGUGUUCGAUUCAUAAUAACGUACUUUUAGAGAUGUUACCGCAUGCACGUUAAUGGAUGAAUAUAAAACAAUAUGACACAAUUACGAUCAUUCCAGUGAUUUUAAAAAGAAAGAAAAUAAACAAAAUGUCAGUAUUAUCGUUAUGUUUGUUUUGAACUCUCAAUGUUUAUUAUUUGUUAUAUGUAUAUUUUUCUUAAUGUCAAAGAAUUUAUCAUGGCCCAAUCACCUUAGAUAUUGUUUUGUAAUUGUGUUUUUAAUUAUGGCUAACUGUGACUAAUUCACUGACUAAAUUUAAACCGAUUUGAUGCAAGGAUUUCAGCAUUUUUAAAAACAAUAUUAUUCAGUGAAAAUCACCACCUGUCUUACGCAAUGUUGCCCAGUAGUUGCAUGAUAAUUUUGAAUCAGUUUCUGUAACACAACACAUGCAUUUCUCAUAGUAUGACUGUCAAUGGAUUUAUGUAGUUGCAACAAGGAAAUGUGAUUGAAAGCUCAUCAGUUGCAAACUGUACGUUGUGUUAAAAAGGCAGGGUCGACCGUCUCGUAUAACCCCUUUUCAAGAAGACAUAGUGAAAGAAUUAGAAAAAGUAGCAAGAAAAGGUAAGAGAUGAGAAAGCAGAGUAUAAAAGAAAGGUAUUGGUCUUGCAAUUCUUUUACCCCUGUGAUUGUUCGCUCAGCCCCCUCCCCCCAAGAAAAUAAACUGAUGAAGACUUUUGUAA